AUGGCCAUUCUUUCACAGUGUGAAGCUAGUGAUGGUGAUGGCUGUGGGCAGAUCUUUCCUCACAAGACUCAACCUGGGAUCUAUGCAAAAUGCCAUAAAUUAGCUUCUUUUCAAGCUGGCUCUGCAGACAUCAAGUUAUGGCAGGCAAUGCCACAAUGCAAAGGAUGUGGCAUGGCAUGGAAAAAUUUACAGGGAGAGAUGUGCGGAACUUGUGAAACUGCAUCACCUGCAGCCAACCAAGUUGGUAACUGUGAUAGCAGUACUGGCACAAGUCAGGUCAUGCAUGAUGCCAUUGAAACUGCAAGGCAAGCACAGGCAGUGUUGGCUAGUGUCCACUUGCAGAAAUCACCAAAUACAUCUGGACUUCCAAACACUCUGAACACAACUGCUGGCCUCAAUUAUGCAUGGAAUGGUGGUGGUCAACCAGGCAGUGACAAGAUCAAAAUUGCUAUUGAAGUCCAAAUCAAAGGUGCCUCAAAGCAAUGCAAUGCUGGUGAUGCAUAUAGGAAGUGGAUGAAACUUUGGGCAAAGGAUGUUUACCUUACUGAGGUCCUUGAGGAUUCUCUCACUGCCCUUAAUGUCAACUGGGAAAAAGAUGAGGGUUUAGGGUUGGUAUUGGGUGAAGUUCAGUUUUGUUUUCCUGGAAACAAGAAUUUCCAGCCAGGUGAUCAAACUAAAACUGUUGGAUAUGUGUAUAAUGCAUACAUGCUUGGCGAGUCAGCAGAUUUCUACAAACCAAGGGAUGCCCAAUCCAAGGAAGUGAAAGGACCAGCCCUCUUCUUGGAACUCUAUGUUGACUGUGAAGCAUCUGUAGUUCUAAUUGCCAAAAGUUUAUUGACUGGUGUGAACAUGUUCAUGGGGAAGUGCCAGGUAGCUGCACUAUGUCCACCCAAAAGCACCCUGCUGUGGAUCACUCCUCUGAUGAGGAUACUGCCCUUAGAACUCAUGGUGCCUGAGACAGGUGAAGUCAAAAUUGUGUGGCCAGAUGACAGUGUUGAAACAAUCAAGGGUUUCCUGGGAUCUGAUGUGUUUUCAAAAGGCCAGACAAAGAAGGUUUAUAAGCUAAUGCUCAAUGGAGAUCUUUUUGUUGCCAAAUGUUUCUUUGACAUUGGCACUGGUGAAUCCAUGACAACUACUGACAACAAGAAUGGUUUCUGGGCCAUUUCUGUGAACUUGCAAAGCAACAGGGUGUCAGCAUCUUUUCAGAUAGUGUUUUCUGAAGGUUUCCUGCUCUGUGAACAUGAGAUGUUGUCUGCUGCAUCUGGUGAAUCAGACUGUGGGAAUUACUAUGGUGGUGCUGUUUGGCUUGUCAAGCCUCAACGGACUACAACAGUUAUGAAGUUUAGUGGCACACUGGAGCACUCAUCUUCAACAGACAAACUUGGAAUUACUAUUUCAGCCUUUGCUCAUUUUGCAUAUGAGUACAGCAAGCAUAAAUUGGUCUUCACAGAUAUUCAAGGUUCCCCAAUGACAGUGAAUGGGCAUGAUGGAAUGGUCUUAUUUGAUGUGAUGACCCACACAGUGACACCAUAUGGUAACCAACUGCAUCACAGUGUCAAGUUACUGAUUCCCCUCGAGUGA